AUGUUGGCCAGAUCCGUCCUUGCUUUCCUCUUCCUCGCUCUCUGCAGCGUUGUCGCGGCCUUGCCUCCUGCAUGUCUGCUCGAGGUGGUCAGCUCCGGCGGACAUCCCGGUGACUUCGACCACCUCUGCGGUUCUGGCAGUGAUGGCGUCCAGAAGGAGAUUGCCCAGAAAUGCGGGAGCAGCACCAAGGAAGCCCUGCAGUCCUACAAGCAGUCUUGCGGUGAGGCCGGAUUCAAGAUCACUCUCAUUCAUGCCAACACUACCUCUUCCUCCUCGCCGUCUCAGACUUCCUCCGUCUCCGGCUCCGGCUCCCGCCCCAGCUCUGGCUCUGGCUCCAAGCCCAGCUCCGGCAUGGGAUCGUCUCCCACCAGCACCACGCCUCCAUACACCGAGUCCAACGUCGGCUCGCUCCAGAAGGCCGACUCGGUGUUCAUCGCUCUUGUUUUUGCCAUUGUCGGAGCCCUUGCCAUGUAG